GUCCUUUGUCAACCUUCUCUGCAUCCCCAGGCCUUUGGACAAGCUUACUCCAACCACAGAAAGGUGGCGGCGGAUGGGGAAAGCCGGGAGGAGUCUCUAAUCCAGGAGUCCGCCUGUAAGGAGGCCUACUAUGAGCAGAGGGUUCUGGAGCUGCAGACCGAGCUCCGGCUGACACGAAACAUCCUCACCAACACCCAGUCUGAGAAUGAACGCCUUAAUGCCAUCUCCCAAGAAACAAAAGAGAACAGCCAGAUUGUGGAGCUCCAGAGGAAUCAGCUGCGUGAUGACAUCAAGGAGUACAAGUUACGGGAGACUAUUCUGCUGCAAGAUUACACCGAGCUGGAGGAGGAGAACAUCUCACUGCAGAAACAAGUGUCCGUGCUCAAGCAGAGCCAGGUGGAGUUUGAGGGUUUGAAGCACGAGAUCCGUCGACUGGAGGAAGACACUCAGUUCCUUAACAGCCAGUUGGAGGACGCCAUCCGCCUAAAAGAGAUCGCCGAGCGUCAGCUGGGCGAGGCUCUGGAGACCAUCAAGACUGAGCGUGAGCUGAAAGCCUCCCUGAGGAAAGAGCUGUCCCACUACAUGAACAUUGGAGACACUCUGUACAACAGUCCUCUUAGCAUUUUUCUGGAUGGCCUCAAGUUCAGCGACGAUGCUGCGACCGAGCCCAACAACGACGAGGCUCUCCUGGAGUACGAGAACGGCUUCACCAAACUGGCCAACGCCAUCGCCGAUGACAACCGCAUCUCCACACCCAAGAAGGAGGAUCUCUUCCGCCCGGUGCCGAGCCUGGUCGACGACCUGCUGAGCGAACUCAACAUCUCAGAAAUUCAGAAGCUCAAGCAGCAGCUGAUGCAGAUGGAGCGUGAGAAGGUCAACCUGCUGAGCAAUCUGCAGGACUCUCAGAAACAACUGGAGCAGGCUAAUGGGGCUCUGUCAGAGCAUCAGGAGAAGGUUAACCGCCUCACAGAGAACCUCAAUGCCAUGCGCAAACUCCAGGCCAGCAAGGAGCGCCAGUCUGCCUUAGACAACGAGAAAGAACGGGACAGCAACGAAGACGGCGACUACUACGAGGUGGACAUCAACGGACCUGAAAUCCUGGAGUGCAAGUACAAGGUGGCUGUGUCGGAGGCGGGAGAGCUGAAGGAGGAACUGAAGACUCUGAAGGCAGAAUACCAGACCUGUCAGUCACGUUAUGAAGAGGAGCGCACCCGGCUGGAGAACGAUGUCACAACCCUGGGAGAGAAGCUCGCCUCUCUGGAGAAAACCAGCAAUGCAGACAGAGAACAGAAGGCUAAGCUGGAGAAAGAGCUGCGAAAGCUGAGCGACGUCGCGGGCGAAUCCCAGGGAAGCCUGAGCGUGGCCCAGGAUGAGCUGGUGACAUUCAGUGAAGAGCUGGCUACCCUCUACAACCAUGUCUGCAUGUGCAACAACGAAACGCCCAACCGGGUCAUGCUGGACUUCUACAAAGAGGGUAAGGGUGGUCGGAGCAGUCCAGAGGGCCGUGGCCGGCGCUCUCCCAUCCUGCUCACCAAGGGUCUUUUCCCCGAGCCUGCCAAGGCCGACCUCAGCGAGGGAGCCCCUUCCCCGGUUUCCUCCCUGCCGUCUCCCGUGUCCGACCACCGCCGUGAGCCCAUGAACAUCUACAACCUGGUGGCCAUCAUCAGAGACCAGAUCAAACACCUGCAGCUGGCGGUGGAUCGCACCACAGAGCUGUCCCGCCAGAGGGUGGCCUCUCUGGAGCUUGGCUCUGUGGCCGACAAGGACAAGGAGGCCUGCAUGGAGGAGAUCCUCAAGCUGAAGUCCCUGCUCAGCACCAAGCGGGAACAGAUUGCCACUCUACGCACCGUCCUCAAGGCCAACAAGCAGACAGCUGAAGUUGCACUGGCCAAUCUGAAGAGCAAGUACGAGAAUGAGAAGGCCAUGGUGACGGAGACCAUGAUGAAACUGAGAAAUGAGCUGAAAGCGCUGAAGGAAGACGCCGCCACCUUUUCCUCCCUCCGAGCUAUGUUUGCCACACGGUGUGACGAAUACGUGACCCAGCUGGAGGAGAUGCAGAGGCAGCUGGCAGCGGCGGAGGAUGAGAAGAAGACCCUGAACUCCCUGCUGCGCAUGGCCAUCCAGCAGAAGCUGGCCCUCACGCAGCGCCUCGAAGACCUGGAGUUCGAUCACGAGCAGACCCGCCCGGGGGGCAGGGGGGGCCGGUCCAAAGCUCGCAGCAAAGCCGCCGGCACCGCCACCGGCAACCCCCACGUAAGUCAGAGCCUCACCUGCUCCGGCUCCGGCCGGCCCGAGCACAGCAACGCCAUCCCCAACGGCAUCCUGGGAGGCCCCGUGGUCUUCUGCAGCGAGAAGUACAAGAUCUACUGCGACUGA